AUGCUGUCAAUGCUCCGUGUCCCGGUGCACGAGGAACCGGAGGAGGAGGAAGUACCUGCCUCACCAGACCCGUAUGCGAUGUCGCCUUUCCGUGGCGCCUCACCUUCCAUCGUAUCUAUGGUUCGCGCAGGGUCCAUCUCGAGCGAGAACAUGCCGCUCCCACUGAAUAUCCAACACAUUGAGGGGGAGCUUUGGUAUGUGACGGGGAAGAACGGCCCAGGGCGAAAGCACGCCACUGCGCAAUGGGUCGUGUGCGAAGACCAGCGCCUCUCCGUGUACAGUAGUUGGGCCAAGAGCAGCCGGCUCGUGGAGGAGGCGCGCUUUGAGAGAGUGCGUGUCAUGUUCGACUUUCUACACCCACACAUGCACCCGGAGGUGAUGGGAAGCGGCACCCCGCAGACGCGUCGCAUGACAAUUCACCGCAAUGAGCCCCGCACUACAGCGGAGUCGCGGUACGCGUUUCGGAUACGGGACCCCUGCGACGCCAAAACCCUCGCCGGAUACUACUACUUUGGGGUUGAGUGUGUGAUGCGUGACCCACUGACAAUGAGGCUGCGUCGCAGCCUUGCGAUCUUCUGCACUGAUCAUCAAGAUGACCACCGCAAGUGGCUCGACUUCUGGGAAGAGAUGCAGGUGCGGUACCCCAUGCUUCGGAGUCGAAACGCCGCAGCGAUGCCGAUGGACAUCAGCUUAGAGUCACUGAGCGAAUUUGUGUUCCCUCAGCAGGUGGCGAAGCCGGCAGUCGGAGGAAAAGGCGAAGACAACACGGACGCGGUGAACAGCCCUGGCUUACCGUCACCGAUCGGCCGGGAUGAUAGCCUCGACACCACACAUGCGCCAAAGUGGACUGAUAGCGAGCAUGGGCAACCGGACUGGAAGGGUAGCACACGACCUUUGCCUUUUGUGUCGUCGGGCCGUGCUUCUGCCGGUGGCGUGCGUGGAAGCCUGCUAGGCGACGUGGCCGCCGGUGGUGAGGAGGACAAGGCAGGAGGCUCUGAACAGUGGCUUGCGCUGCUCGUCGAUACGGAACGGCAGGCGCGGGAGGGGAUCGAGCUCAUGGAGGCUGCGACGCGCAGCGUGCUGGAGGCGAACCAGGCGCUGCGCGAUCUCUUCCACCAUGUGGCGCCAACGGCAACCGUUCUCUCUCCUGUAGCAGCGGUGUGUAGCAAAGACGAGGGCAGUGCCGGCGACGACGUCGCGAGCGGCGUGGCGAUGUCCGAUGGCGACAUGAUGCGUGCCUUGCAGGCGGAGCUGAGGGCGCUGUGCGCAGCCCUCGAGAGGGCAAAAAGCCAGGCUUUCACGCCCGCCACAGCGCCGGAAGCGCUGACAUCAGGGGAGUCUGCCGCGGUGUCGAAUCAGGUGCUGUUGGCGGCAUAUGAGCAGGAGCUGGCGGAGCUGCGGGUUCAAAAUACAACGCUGAGGAGAGAACUCGACACUCAUGCAGCCACCGCCGCGGCGCGUGUGGAGAGGGCACUGGGCGAGUGGACUCUGACCGGUACCGUCGACAUCGUUGUCUCCGAUGCAGAAGGCGGGGGCGACGGUCAUGAAGUCGCCGAUGCUUCUGCGGAUAGGCAACGGUACUUGGCCGCGGAUGAGGCCCUCGUGCGAGCCUUGAUCGAGGCUGCGUUGGUGCAAGAAUCAUCGACUGCUGCCUUCGACUCUUCCAGCGCCGUCGCGUCCUCUGCACAGGUUAACACUCUGGGCGAGUCUGCCUCCACCCCGCAAGCGCCCCACGCGACUCUGUCAACCAACGCCGAUGGGUAUGACGGGGCCAAUACUGCCGGACGCCCCUUAGGGACCGCAUCCGAUUCUCACCAGCUUCACCGAGCACACAGUGGAGAGGCCCAGCUCUCGGACGCUUCGAGUGCAACAGGAGAUUUGGCGACUUCACUGCCAGCUCUGGUGCAACAACACUUGAGCACGUUUGCCACGGAGCACGGUCGCCGUCUCGGAAACCCUGAUCUUGCACGUUCUUUGUCAACGGAUCGAGACUCUCUUCUGUAUCAUGUGGUGGACGAGGUCGUGACGGCCUUCAAGGACUUGGUGGAUGCUCCCCACAUAGACACAGGCAUCUCGAAAGCUGAUGGAAACGUUGGCGUGUCCGCUCCAACCGCCACCGUGGUGUCAUCGUGGCUGUCCGUGCUGCAUCGAUGCCUUCUUCACAGGCUUGGCGUGGUCGGAGUGGUUCGUGGCGCCGGCGCCAGCAACCAGAGCCCGCUGGCUGCUGCGGAGGUCGGUGGGCCUGCGACGGAUGCAGCAAGCGCAGUCGAGGCCGCCGCCGGAGACGACGUGACUCGAUGCCGUCCCCCCGCUGGGGACUCCUCAAACGUGCGACAGAGCAGUUCGCUGCCACCGCUCACAGAUGAAGAGAUAGCCAUCGUAGGCGACCUUCAUCACUCCGCCCAUGACGUAGUAGCGUGGAUUCUUGAUCUGCUGGGCGAGAGGCAGCGGUACGCGGCCUAUGUGACUACUUUAGACUCCCUGACAUGCCGACAUGACGUGUUUCGCCCGCUCGAAGAGGUACAAGGAGAGCUUGAGAGGGCAACAGGGCGCUGUGAGGCAGCCGCGGCAUCUAGCGCCGCUGAUGGCAACGCGGAGGAUUCAGAGAAACAUACUGUGGAUGGCUCAGAUGGGCUCAGAGUAGAGUGCCGCCUCAAGGAACGCCUCCAGCACGCUAUGGCUGCCUUUGGCAGCAGGCGCGAGGAGGCGGCGGUGCUGCGGCGCUUACUGACCGCAAUCCUCUACGGAAGUGAGAUGGCGCUUCAAAAGGCGGACUCCACCGAUGGGGUCGUCCCGGCGGCGACGACGGGUGCUGCUGUAGCAUGUGAGGCGUUCCACACGGCUCAAGAAGCGGGCCUUGGCGAAGUGGACACGCUUCGAGGCGCUGCAGAGGCGUGCGUGGCAGCGAGAGCGAGGGAGGAGGUGUGGGCCAGAACCCUCACACCAGCUGUGUUGCAGGCGCGCGCGGACGCGUUCAUUGGCGCUCCAUGUAUCCAGGACAUGGUACAUGCAUUACAGUUGACACUUGGACGCUGUCCUGAAAUACACGGCAGGCCACGGUGGGUUGGAGGCGCCGCUUAUGUGCCGCCACUCUCGCAAGAGAGUAUACGGAGCCUCGUGGAGGAGCUUCACCAGCGUCUCACUGUGGAGCAGGCACGCUGCAAUGGGCUACUUGGUGAGGUGAUGCUGAUAUCUUCCGCACUUGCUUCUGUGGGGAGUGAGCUACUGACGGCGGCCUUUUCGACCGCGAUGACGGCAACAGCGAACGCAAGCGCCAUGACAGACGAGGCCGUGAAAGCAUGGGCGGCGUACACGCAACACGCUCAUGAAGUCGUGUCCGGGGAGCAACGCGAUCUUCAGCAGCCUGUGGAGGCAAGAGCUGACCCUUGCCUCUCCGCUGUUUCCGCAGAGACGACAGCAGAGGCGGCUCCUCACGAGGCUGUCCACGCUCGCCUCGUCGCGGCGCUGAGCGGAGCGGAUGGUGCGCGGGGGUUACGCAGCGCUGCUUUCGAUGCCGCGAAUUCUCUUCUGCCAAACUUAUCUGCCAGUAUAGCCGGUGCACAAACGGCACUUUGGGGGCUUGUAGGAGUCCUCCUCCGACACGGCGCAGGUGCAGGUGUGCCCUCGCCGGAGGCGUUGCUUGCCCUUCCCAUAGUGAACCACAUCGCUGCGCCAAAUGCUAUCGGCGACAGUGACACAGAUGCAUCGUCAUUGGGUGUGCACAUGGGGGUAGCAGGAAGCGCAGCCGAAGAGCUGCUGAGUGAGUGCGAGAAGGCGACAAGUGAGCGCCGCGAAUGGAUGCAGCAACUCCUGCAGUGGCUCAAAGACUUUCCUCCGACGAAUACGAGUGACGCCGCACCCGAACCGGCGUCGGAGUUGCCGUCUGAUGCGUCCACCGCGCAUGAGGCCUAUGCUCAGCUGCUGGAGGAGCUUGCCGCUGCGGAAAGCGAGCACGUGAGUAGAGUCGGUGCGGUGGAGGCGCUGCUGUGGAAAACAAGCUGUGUGCGCACCAUCUCAGUUCCUGAGAUGAGCGACGGAGCGGGGGUCGCUGAUAGUGCAGCGCUUGCGGCUGCUGCCGCCGCGGACAUAGCGGAGGCUCUACGUGUGUCGGAAGCGCACGUCAGCGUGAUGGAAGCUUCCGUCGAUCCUGUCCAACGUGCGGCACAUGUGAGUGCAACUAUCGCUCAUCACCCCCGAGGACUAACGCGUGCAUCCGUGCUUGGCGCCGUGCAUGCCUGCCCGUUUGCACGUCUGCAGGAGGCACUAAAAGGUGCACCGGCCGAUUCUGCUGCGACUGCUUCCGACACGAGCGAGCAGAGCACAGCACUCUCAGCGACUGUGGACUCGCCAGAGGGCAUCGAUACCGUGAACCAGCUCGCUAGGAGUUUGCAGCACCGCGCCGCGAAGAUGGCUGCGGUGGUCGAAUUUGAGAAGCGAGUACUAGCGCUGCUUCCUAGGCCGCAGAAUAUAGCCAUAGCGAACGCCGGGGUGCCCACCAUCGAUGCAACUCCGGCCUGCAAGGCAGGCCAGGCCUUGGCCGCAAUGCUUGCGGACGAACUCGAUAUACAGAUUCCAGAGGCCAACUUUAAGAGGCCUCCCACCGCAUCCGCCGCACUUCUCGACAGUCUUGCCUCUUACAUAGAGCAACUCCACGACGCUGCCCUACCCGCUUUACACCACCGCAGGAUCCAGUCUGUGUAUGCGCCCCUAGAACAACUGCGCGCCGCCGUUGACGCACUGCAUGACGCCGCCCUUGAAAAGGUGGCAGACGGCGCGCUUGAGCAGAUCCCCUCCCUUCACAGCAUGAUAGAUAUGCCAUGGCCAGAGGCUCUCAAAAAUGCUGACCUUCGUCAUAUCCACUUCAUCAUCGAACAUCUGGCCAGCCGGGCGAAUCGAGCGGCAUCACCCGAUUCCACCGAUGAUCAAUUCAACGAUCUGCGCACCAUCGCCCAGGCCCUCGGCGUGCCGCCGGACACGUACGCUGGCGAGCGGGGCGGCGAGUGCGUGCCAACAACCGGGCAGCUGGUGGAGCGCGCUGGCGCUGUGGUGAGCGCCCGCGCUGAGGAAGCGGCUGGACUGCGCGCCAUCGCCCAGGCCCUCGGCGUGCCGCCGGACACGUACGCUGGCGAGCGGGGCGGCGAGUGCGUGCCAACAACCGGGCAGCUGGUGGAGCGCGCUGGCGCUGUGGUGAGCGCCCGCGCUGAGGAAGCGGCUGGACUGCGCGCCAUCGCCCAGGCCCUCGGCGUGCCGCCGGACACGUAUGGUGACGAGUGGACCGAAGAGAUGACUCCCAAGUGUUCCGAGGUGCUGGCAGCUGUUGACGCUCUGGUGAAGCGAUCCAAGAUGACUCCUGAGGCGGCGUCGAUGGAUGCGGGUGAAGGUGAGGCGGCGGUUGGGGUGCUGGUGACAUUGUGGGAGGCCAUUGAGGAGGCCGGAGUUGUGACUGCGGAUCUGGAGGAUGGCUGGUGGUCCGUUGAGGGCCCAAACCGUUGGGAAGCCGCUGGUCGUCUGGUCGGUGCGCUUUCUGCAGCGGUGGAAGUAUCGCGGGAGGAGCUCGUGGAUGUCUCGGAGCGCAUCAAGCAGUUUGAGGAUGAGCUGGUGAAUGUGGAGCGAGACCACAACGAGUCGCGUGAGGCGAUCACGGCGGCGGUGGAGAAGCUGCGCGGAGGACUCGGGGAGGCGACUAUUGAAGACCCCGGCGAGAUGUCGCCGCCUUCUUCGCGUGGGUCAACGGUGUGCGGGCCUCUGUUUACCAGUCUGCGGCAACUCACAAGCGAGGUAUCAGAUGUUGCCUAUGCGCUACGGCGAGUGAAGCAGGUGCUGGAGGAGCAUAAUACUGAAGAGAAGUGCAUGCCGGAGUUGGAGGAGGUGAGCUUCCCUGUUUCACAGCAGGACGGUUGUGACGUGCUCGAGCCGGGCAAGGUGCUUACGUACAAGGAUGUGGUCGCCGGCGUACGUGCGAAGGUAGAGGCCUUGAGAAAGGAGCGGGCGAGGCGUAUCGAGACGGAUGCCGCUCUGAAAAAUUUCUUGAGCGCUGUUACCGACCGAAGCACAUUUUCCGAAGAGCAGCCGGUGCCACGUCCAUCGUCGUUGACAUCGCGACGAUGCGUCAAACCUAAGGCGAAACCGCAGCCGGCAGACUCAGACUCUAGCGUUAGCGAAGAGUUCUCCUUGCCGCGCACACCGCUGCAUUUACCCACCGGGAGUGGCAAUGCCGACGUGCUGCUUGGGUGCAGUGGCAGUAUCUCAGUGCCGGUGCCACGCUGGGUCACCACUGAGGUGCUGGAGAAAGUGCGGCAGCAGAUGAGCCAGGCGGAGGGCGCUAUCGCGACAAUGCGGGAUGCCGUUACUGCGGCAUACGAAGCGCUGGGCGGCGAGGAUGAUGUGGUGCACGCGUCAGACAACGAGGCAGCCCAGCUGCUGGUGAAGCUGGCGCAGAAUACUGCUGAAAGCAUCGAGUUUGUCAAGAGGCUUCUCGAGCCUCUGGAGGAGAGUGAAGCUUCGACUGGUCGACGCGAGCAGCUUGAGCACCUGGUGGAUCGCAUCAAGGAAAAGCUUGGCAUCAGCUCCGAGGGCUCCAUGCCCACCCUACCGCAAGUGAUGGAGGAAGGCAUGCACUCCAUGUAUAACGAAUCCAUCUCCUCACGACGAUCACUGGGGUCGUCGGUGAAUCGGCACCUGCCGCGCAAACAGAAACCCGUGGCGCCAGACGUGGAGUUCACGAAGGGUUUUCAUCUCGCCCAGCAGGCUGUGCGUAACCGUGACAGCUCCGUGCCGUCACUGACCUCAACGCUGAAGGUGCUGACUCCAUCGCCGUCUGGCCCACCAGACUCGACCGAGGAUGUCGAGAAGGAGAUUGGGUACCGUAUGCAGGAGCUGGAUGCGCUACGACGCGGCUGCAGUGUUGCCCUCAGAACGCUAGACUCCUCACUGAAUGUCUCUGAUAUGGACUGCAACGCCAUGGUCAUGCAUCUGGUGGGGCGCUGUAACGACGUACAAACGGCAAUGCGCAUCACAGACGCUGUGUUCGAGGACGACGACAUUAUAUCGGAGGUGAGCGCCGCGGCUUCGUCGUACAGAGCCAGCAACCCUUCCGCGAGCGAGCACCCGCUGCCGAUGCGAUGUAGCGUUCUCGUGCGUGCUGUCAAGUCUCUCGACAACUUGUGCGAGUCGAUGCGGCACACGCAGGCCAACAUGGUGAAGCAGCAGCGCUUUCUCAUGCACAAUGAAGCUCAAAACACAGGUGAACUUCGACGGGCGCUGGUGGAGUUGGAGCAGCAGCUGCGCGACGGCAACGCGGAGCGGUUGGCGUUGCAGAAAGCGAAAGAGGCGACGGAAAAGAGCGCGGCCGAGCUGUCGCAUGGUCUGGAGAUGGCACACAACGAGCUCACCGACCUGCAGAACGUCCGAGACGACUUGGAGAAGUCGUUGGUGCAGCUCAAGCAGCAACAUGUCAGGGAUGAUGAUGAACUGAAUCGGGCCGGCGAAAAGCUGAACUCCUUGUCGGACCAUGCUGCAGCGCUGCAAGGGGUGCUGGAGGCGGCCAAGGAUGCUGUGGAUAAGGAGGUGUUGGGGUCGUGCCAGCAGCUUCACUUGGUGGUAGUGGGAAGAGAGAUGCCAAAGCCUGAGAUGCUUGCCGAAGGCAAGGCACAAGAGGUGCUUCUUUCGGGUCUUCAUGCCAUCACCAAGGCGCUGCAGAACGCUGUGAAAGAGAUGACCCGGUUUGCCCCCGGGGACACCGGUGUCGCAGCCGUGUUUGCAGAGGAGCGUAAACAUGCUGCGCAGCAGGCUGCGGCGCUGAAGAGCGAGCUUGCUUCCGUUGCAGAAGCGAAGGAGGAGGCAGAGGCGAGAACGAAGGCGGCCGCGAAGCGCCUGAGGCAGACUGAGGACGCCUUUGAGGACGAAGUUGCGAAACUGAAGCGCGCUCUUCGCAACAGCGAGGCAAUGCUGGAGGACAAGGAGGCGAAUCACCAGCGUCAGUUGCGCCAGGGGCAGGCAGCCGCAGAGGAUCAGUUGGCGCUGGUACAGCAACGCUUAGACCGUGUCACGCGUGCGCAGACAGAGGAGGAGCGGCGGAGAGUGGCAUCUGAGGAGAAUGUACAGAAAUUGCGCAGCGCUCUCGCAGAGGCUGAGUUGGAGCUGGCCCGGCAGCAGCGCCACGCAGCUGAGUAUACGAUGACGGAGCGUAAAGGCAGCAUUCACCGCAUAGACUCCCUGGAAGCAGAUCUUGCUGCAGCUCGCCUGCAUAGCAGCGAGUUGGCGCAGGCUCUUGGUCGUGCGAGGCGCGACGGUGCUGAGGCUGCACUGGCUCUCGAGGCAGAGGCGCUGGAGAAGGCGAAGUUAGCCGAAGAGCUGGCGGACACACGCGCGCAGUUGCGCGCGGGAAACAAUGAGCUGGCUAGUAUCUGUGCGAGCAUUGCCUCAACUGGGUUAACGUCAUCAAUAAAGUCGUCUGCAUCCUCGUCAGUCCCACCAGCAAGAGCGGCGGAGCUCCUGGCAGGACUCAUAGACCAUGUUGCGGUACUGCAGCGUGCACUAGAGGCCCAACAAACGGCGCGGCAACAGCAUCGCUCCAGGGGUACACAGAGUGAGGAUGCUGUGGCCGAGACACUGGCAGGGUUCGCCGCCAUCUGGGCCACCGCGGUAAAAACCGGACGCACACCAGCGCGGCUCAACGAAGCGUGGCUGACACCGACGGACAAGGCGGAGGUCGUGUCGAGCGCUCUGACGCACGAUGUUUCACCGCAGUUAGAUGACCUUGCGGCUACCAGACAGCGCCUGCUGGAUUUGCUGUGCCAUCCACGGGUGCGCCAUCUAGAGCGGUCAGCAGAACUAGGGCCUCUCGAGAAGGCAACUACUGCAGCCCUGGUUCAGACCUACCAUGACGCCAUGGAAGAGUGCUACGAGGCUCAACAGGCUGCGCUUGAGCGAGAGCUGCGAGAUGCGCAGUGCAAAGUUGAGAGCCUUCUGGCGCGACUGCAGGAGCAAGAGGAGCAGCACGCGAUGGAGUCGGCAGAGGUGGAGAUUCGCAUUGGCCGCAUGCGUGAGAUGGUGCAAAGCAAGCUCAUGGCAGACGAGAUUGCCGAGCAGCACAUGCGAGAGACGGAUGCUGCCGUGCGCGCGCACUUCGUGCUCUAG